CAGGGAUCCCCCACCGUAACUUUAGUACAGCUGCCCAAUGGGCAGACAGUUCAAGUCCAUGGCGUUAUUCAGGCAGCCCAGCCAUCAGUUAUUCAGUCUCCACAAGUCCAGACAGUUCAGAUUUCAACUAUUGCAGAAAGUGAAGAUUCACAGGAGUCAGUGGAUAGUGUAACUGAUUCCCAAAAACGAAGAGAAAUUCUUUCAAGGAGGCCUUCCUACAGAAAAAUUUUGAAUGACUUAUCUUCAGAUGCACCCAGAGUGCCAAGGAUCGAAGAAGAGAAGUCUGAAAAGGAGACAUUGGCACCUGCCAUUACCACUGUCACGGUGCCAACCCCGAUUUACCAAACUAGCAGCGGGCAGUACAUUGCCAUUACCCAGGGAGGAGCAAUACAACUGGCUAACAAUGGUACCGAUGGGGUACAGGGCCUGCAAACAUUAACCAUGACCAAUGCAGCUGCCACUCAGCCGGGUACUACCAUUCUACAUUAUGCACAGACCACUGAUGGACAGCAGAUCUUAGUGCCCAGCAACCAAGUCGUUGUUCAAGCUGCCUCCGGAGAUGUACAGACGUACCAGAUUCGCAUAGCACCCACUAGCACCAUUGCCCCUGGAGUUGUUAUGGCAUCGUCCCCAGCACUUCUUACACAGCCUGCUGAAGAAGCAGCACGAAAGAGAGAGGUUCGCCUAAUGAAAAACAGGGAAGCAGCAUGAGAGUGUCGUAGAAAGAAGAAAGAAUAUGUGAAAUGUUUAGAAAACAGAGUGGCAGUGCUUGAAAACCAAAAUAAGACACUCAUUGAGGAGCUAAAAGCACUUAAGGACCUUUACUGCCACAAAUCAGAUUAAUUUGGGAUUUAAAUUUCACCUGUUACGGUGGAAAAGGACUGGCUUGGCCACAACC